AUGGCUAGCCUCAAGUUCAUAAUGGAUGUCAACGAGGACCAUACCGAGUCUCACCACAUCAAUAAAAAGGACGUCGCCUCGGACCAUCCAGUCAACAUGGGCCAUCCCCAUAGACCACCUCUCCAUACUCAACUACCAUCACUACCACCGACAACGUUACCACCUAUCACGCUCCCGAGAUAUGACAGUAACCCCGGACCAUCUAUCCAACCUCGAGAUAUCAGCCUAGCUGUUUCCUCUUCUCAGACCAAGAGCCAGGGCAUUAGCUGGGGAUCCAAAGGCGUCAACCCUCUUGCAUCUUCGAUUCCACUAGCUGUUCAUAUCAGGUCCACGAUGCGCCGUCGUAGCACAGCGAGCAAUGACUCGGCGGAUCAUACUACGGGGUAUGGGUCUGCGUCAACAUCAUCAACGGGCGGCAACUACCCCCAGUCGCACACGCCAUUGAGGCCAAUGCGUUCACAGUCCCAUACUUCCGAGCUUCCCAUGAGGCUCACGCCCAUCACGGGCCGAGUGAGCAGAGCAAAGAAAGGCAUACCGGUGCAUGUUUGCGACAUCUGCAGGCCAUCAAAGGCAAGAAGACUUCACAUGUCCUGCCAUCUGGCGGGCUAUCACCAGGCUCUUCCGAUCCUUGUGGAAGAGUACUACGCCAUGAUACAGUAUCAGGAAUGCAGCCAGAGCCAGAUUGUGCCGAAGCCCAAGAUCCGUAUCACUACCCCCCUGGGCCUCAAUACAACCCGGUUGUAUCAAUGGAAACACCCAUUCCGGACGUACCUAUGUCAGACUCCUGGCGUCAUUCUCCUUCGACGACGACCACCUCAAGCUAUUCAACAACUCCAGUAUCUGGUACGGAGAUAUGGACAGAAAGAGGCGCUGUUGGACUGCUCGUAUGGUAUGCCGGGUGCUCCAUUCCCUUUGGAGGACAUCGGCAUGUUUGACGCUAUGAGAGCUGGGCUUGAGGGUAGUGCCGAUCCCAGCUACAGCAGCGACGAUGUUGGUUAUGAAAACGGAAACUUGGUUACACUGGGUUUGCCGAUAAGUAAUGGGUGCGAGUUCACCGGGGCCACUCUUCCUAAAUCACUAAUGAAUCCUCUCCACGGCGCUCUUCCGCGGUAUCUUGCGGUAUACUGGGAGAAAGUUCACCCCCUGCUCCCAAUAGUCCAUCGAGCUUCCUUCGAAAACGCGCCUGAAGAGGUGCUGCGGUAUGCCAUGGCUGCGAUGGCGACCCAGCUUCUCGAUGACGAAGAAGAUCGUGUCAAGGGCAGCCGAUUGCAUGAUUUGGCUUGGAGGGAGGUAAAGAAAACACUACAGUGGAAUAUCCAAGUCAUGCAGGCCAUUUUUCUAUGCGAAUACUUCGCCCGGUUACGCGGACAGAAUGCCGUUAUACGACCCUCGAGGUUGUUUGAGGAUCUCUACAAGAGGCCACAGCUUGAGGUCAGCGAACAGACGUACUUACAGGGUGCUUUCAACCCACAGGUUUUGUAUCAUCACCCAACUAUGAUCGACUAUACUGCCUCCCCUUCGGAUCAACAAUCAUCGAUUCACGCCUCCUGGAAGAACUGGGUUGAUGCAGAGGCACAUCGCCGUCUCCUGGCAGCAUGCUUUUUCCUCGAUGGACACGUCGCUAUCUAUCAGCAGCAGCCGCAACUAGGCCAGUCCUCAGUGGCCUCAAAACUGACACACCCACCUAUCCCUCUUAUGGGCUCGAGCUUGAGGCUUUGGGAGGCUUCUUCAGCAGCUCCCUGGGCGAAGAUCCUUGCGGAAGACCCUUCGGCUGGCAUCCCAGUUUUUGCGCCCUCGCCAGGAACCAUUACCCCCGAUUUCGUUUCAAGGCAGAUCAGCAUCGAUCGCAUGAUCAUUCUUGUAGCUGAAUAUCUGCGAAUCCCAUGCAGGCAGGGCUUGACCGCACCAUCUGCCUCGGCCCGAAAGUCCUCAAUGAGCGAAGUCGAUCCCCAAUUGCAUAACAUGAAUAGCCAGUUCAGUCCUCUUCAGCAGGAAUCACCUUGCUUUCGGCCCGACUUCUUGCAACCCCCAGAUUCAAGAACUCGCGGUUCGCUUGACGUAGAGACACGUCUUGGAAGCCUUUUCCCCGGUUGUCCUAUCGCCAGUACCUACCUCGCAUUGCAUCAUACCCCGCUUCGUGAUCUUCUUGCUGUCAGCGGCGAAUCAUGGUUGUUCACCAAGAAAGUCUUGUCAGCCGCAGCAUUUGGCAUUCACCAAAGGUGCCUGAAAGCCUGGGCAGAGAAUUAUCACUAUCAUCAAGGCGGGGAUGCGAAUGUACCUACUGAUAUGGCCAAUCUUAGUGUGGUCAAGGCAACCAAGUAUGCCGCCCGCUCUAUUGUACAGUUCCUGAGUCCCGUUUCUCCUGGGGUCUCCCGGUAUGCACCAGUCAAGGGUGCGGCAACAGAAGACCGAUCGUCAUUCUGGGGAAAGGACAUAUCCGAUUACUGGGCUCUGUACGUCUGUGCCUUGAUAUUCUGGGCUUUCGGCCACAGAGCCCGGUCGAUCCCUACGAUUAGCUCUACGAUCGCUGCUGCUACAGACGUUCAACAGCAGCAGCAGCAGCAGCAGCAGCAUCAUUCGACCAAGCGUCAGCGAACGGGCGAUAUUAGGGCUAGUUUUACCUCGAGGCACGGAAGCUCGGCGGCAGCCGACCAGCGCGCUAUGAGUUGGCUGCGCAUGCUGGGUGCGGACAACGUCACAGAGGAAGAUAUCAUCCGGGCACGGAGCCGUCCUGAGUCGAUGAGCGUUGUCUCCCUGGUGCGUCGUCGACUGGAAGUUGACUGCAUUGGGGGCAAGAACAUGCUUUAUGUGGAAGCUGUCGCGGUCCUCAGGAGGCUAGAGGAGGACGGGGAGAGAAAUGAUAAACCUUGGUUCUAA